UGAGCUAGGGUUGAUAAAAAACGUGGCUGCGUGCUGAGCUUUGAGGGAAAAAAAAUCAAAGAAAAAGAUGGGAAGUUAUGAAGAACACUCACCAGUACAGCGGGAACCCCCAAACGAAACUCAACCAGAGUCUCUCUCAGGGUUUAAUUCUAACACCCUUUUGUCUAAUCUUUACCCUGGAAGGGAAAAACAAGAAGAAAUUAUUGUUAGGGACCUUAAAAGUGUGACCUUGGAAGAGAAUGACUGGAAUGGCUAUGGAGACAACAACAACAAUAGCAAUGAAAAUCUUCAAGUGGAGUGGCAAAAUGGGAAGAAUUGUCAGUACCCUUUAAGGCCUUAUGCUGAAAAUUGUAGCUUUUAUCUUAAAUCUGGCAAUUGCAAGUUUGGUUCUUGUUGCAAGUUUAACCAUCCAGUUCCUAGAACUAUUAAGGAUAAGGAGAAUCAUCUGGGAUUGGCGACUGAUCAGAAAAAGCAAAUUGAAUGCAAGUAUUACCGAGCCACUGGAGGGUGCAAGUAUGGAAAUGCUUGCAGAUAUCGGCACUCUAAUGAAGAUUAUGUAUUAGCUCCCUUAGAAGUCAAUUCCUUAGCACUUCCAUUUCAAGUGGAUAUAAAUGAAAAGAGCGAAAAGGAUGGCUUCGCGGAACAGACAGGGCAGAUUGAAUGCAAGUAUUACCUAAGUCCGGGAGGAUGCAAGUAUGGAAAAGCUUGUAGAUAUAGUCACUCCAAAGAGAAGUCCAGAUACCUCGAAAAGUCCGAGUUACCUCCACCUGAACUUAACUUUCUAGGCCUGCCAAUUCGAAUGCUGGAGAAAGAGUGUCCGUAUUAUAUGCGUAAUGGUUCUUGUGCAUAUGGAUCUAGCUGUAGGUUUAACCAUCCGGACCCUACUGCUGCUGAAGGAUCCAGCACUUUCCGCUCGGACCCUUCUGGUUCUGGAGACCAUUCUCCAGGGAAUUAUAAUGGUGGAUUUGAUGCUUUGCCAUCAACUGAACUAACUGCCCCUUCGUUGUCCUUGAAUAUGAUGUCAAAUGAGCAUCUUAAAUGCUUGAAUCAGAAUUCAGCGUAUGCUCACGGGAUGCAUGCAAAUUCUGAAUGGAGUGGACAUCAGGAAAAAACAAGUAAUCCGUAUUUAGCUCCAUCAAUAGACAAAGCAAUGAAGACUCUGGAUAUCUCCGAACUUCAUCAAGAGCAAAUACAAGUUAAUGAAUUCCCUGAACGACCCGGGGAACCUGAAUGUCCUUACUUUAUGAAAACUGGAUCUUGCAAGUAUAAAUCCGCCUGCAAGUUUCAUCAUCCCAAGACUCGGAUUCCAGAGCCUAUCCUCAGCAGUGCAGGCUUGCCUUUAAGACCUGAUAGAAGAAUAUGUUGGAACUAUGAAAAAUCUGGGAUCUGCAAGUAUGGAAGCAUCUGUUAUUUUCACCAUCCAGAGAAUCUCUUCUAAUGAAACUGUCACGGUUGACUCUAUUCCUUAGUCUCCAUUAGGCUUCCAUGGUUCCAUGCUAACUUGAAAGGAUUAAAGUAGUGGACUUUGGUAUAUUUGGCAUUUUAUGCAGCAGCUCCUUAUGGCAUGUUUGGUUAGAUUUGUAAUUGAAUGUUAUUUUGUGGAAAUGAAAUAGAGGUGUAAUGUAAUGGAAUCCAUAUAACAGCAGUUUGAUUGGGUCGAAUGGAAUAAAGAAUGUAAUAAAUAAUAGGGCUUUAUUAGUGAA